GACUGUACGGGCUCGCCAACAGCGAGAAGCGCAGAAGACCCGACGGGCGCCCCCCCCCCACAACAGAGGCGGCCCAGAAGGGGGAUGGGCGGGGGCAUUGUGCCACUCUGAAGGCCUAGGCCGGUGUCGAGGGCCGCUUAGCACCAUCCAGGGCUAACGCGCCUGGUUUCUUGAGGCCCGAGGGCAGCCUCGUAAUGACCCGCAGGGGGUGCUGAAUCCUCGCCCGGCCCGCUCUGGCGCUUGGGACAAGCCGGGGCCUUUCCUUCCCCCUUCCCUCCCUCCGUACCCCGGCAAUGACAUCCGCGAAGGAAGCGAAGGCUGUUCCCGCGCUGCCGCAGCCGGGGGCAGCAGAAGAGAGUCGCCGGAGCCCCCUGGAUCACCUCCCUCCCCCUGCCAAUUCCAGCAAACCUCUCACACCCUUUAGCAUCGAAGACAUUCUCAGCAAACCUUCCGGGCACAAAGCCCCUGCCGCCCGCCUGCUGGAAAAGGUUGCCGGCUCAGCUGGAACCCCGCGGAACGGUGUGCCAGCUCCCGACUCUCCACUCUGCGCCCUGGAAGAGCUGGCUAGCAAGACGUUCCAGGGGCUGGAACUCAACGUGCUUCAGGCGGCUGAAGGCCGGGACCAGUUUGGCGCCUUCGGGCCGCGCCCUCCGUCCAAAAAGCGGCGCAAGUCGCGCACGGCCUUCACCAACCACCAGAUCUACGAGCUGGAGAAGCGCUUCCUCUACCAGAAGUAUCUGUCUCCCGCCGACCGAGACCACAUCGCGGCGCAGCUGGGUCUGAGCAACGCGCAGGUGAUCACCUGGUUCCAGAACCGCCGCGCCAAACUGAAACGAGACCUGGAGGAGAUGAAGGCCGACGUGGAAUCGCUAAAGAAGUUGCCCCCCGCAGCCCUGAAGAAGCUGGCCAGCAUGCCCGAGCUGGAGCCCCCGGGAGUCUCCGGACCUGCUCGAGCCCGCGGGGGCAACCUCUCCCGGACGUCGCCCCCGCCCUCACCCAGCGCCUCACGUCACACCACGGACCCUUUCUCCGACGGCGAAGAAGAGGAGGAGGAGGAGGAAGAGAUCGACGUGGGAGACUGAGGGCCGCGCCCCAUUGCCCCUAUGGCCUCGGCUAUUUUAUUUGUGAGUUCGUGUCCUUCCUUGGGUGAGGCGCCACUGGGGCACCUGCGGAGCAGGAGAGCGGGUGACAUGCAGCAGAUGGCGGGCCGAGCUAGAGUAGCCGCUCGCGUCCUUUCGGAGCCGUGGUGAGGCUCGAGAGAUCUGAAGCCGGCAUCGCUGGGCCUGCAACCUGGCCUACCGAGACCGCCAUGAGACCCCUCCAGGAACUGAUGGCAACCCGGCCUUCUGCACCUCCGCCGCUGCUUCUCCCCCAUUUUUCGGUCGCGUGUGCUUGUACAUAUUUGGAAUAAAAGGACGUACUUGAUGCCAAACCCGCUUCCAGCAUUUGUGUGCUGACGGGGGAAGUCCGGGGGGGGGGGAGCCGAAAAACUAGUUAAAGUUGAGGUGCUACAAGAGUCGUAGAAAUGGCAGAGGCCAGAAGCACGCCGUUGGGGAGUGGCUGGGGGAUAGGGGCCCGACUCUUUCUUGGUGUUGGUAGAGGAAAGGUCUGGAAUCUCGUCUGGCUCAGCUGGACGGGCUCAAAGCCAUCGGAGAGAAGGUCUCGGAGAUCUUUGCGAUCUCAGGGUUGGCCUGGAUCCCUGCUGGGGGUUUGC